UUUGAUGAUGGGUUUUGUUGUUACCCCGACAGAGAGAACUUCUGUUAAGCCAUCACUGGUACAUCACUGGGUUACAUUAAGCCUGGAUUGAGCGAUGUUGUGAUUUGGUAUUGAUAAAAUCAGUGAAAGGCUUUGACAUCAAUGAAAGAAAGGUGAUGGUAUGACAGAGUAAAAUCCUGAUCCUUCAAUAUAUCUGACAGCUGUUAAGAUAGCUAGAGAUCUGAAGGAGGAAGAAGAAGUAAGAAAUGGACAUGAUCAGCAUGUUGCCAGUGGAGUCCAUCUCCCUCAUCAUUUCCUUUACAUCUCCGCGCGAUGCCUGCAGAUCAUCAGUAGUCUCUCCUGUCUUGAGAAUAGCUGGAGAUUCUGAUUUUGUCUGGGAGAGGUUUCUGCCUCAAGAUUAUAAGCAAAUCAUUUCGCAAUCCCCGUCAUCGUCGUCUUUGAACUCCAUGUCCAAGAAGGAUCUCUACUUUCGUCUUUGCAGUCACUCGAUCAUCAUAAGCAAUGGUAACAUGAGCUUUGCACUAGAAAAGCAAAGCGGCAAGAAAUGUUAUAUGGUAUGCGCAAGAGGGCUUACAAUUGCAUGGGGAGAUACACCCGCUUAUUGGCAUUGGAUAACUCUACCACACUCCAGGUUUGCUGAAGUGGCUGAGCUCAAACUUGUAUGGUGGCUGGACAUCAAAGCAUGCAUAGAGACCAAGGAUUUAUCCCCAGGAACAACCUAUGCAGCUUACCUUGUGUAUCAGCUCUCACAACACAGAUAUGGAUUUGAAUCGCCUCUUGUGUCGCGUAUCAGUUAUCAACAAAGUGACGUAGUGACUGUGCAUCGUGUGAUCCUAGACCCUAGGCCUCCGCGACCGCAAGCUCGAGACAGAGGAGAUGGGUGGAUAGAGGUUGAGAUAGGUGAAUUUUUCAUUGAACAGGGAGACGAUGAUGAUGUUGUAGAGUGCAGUGUAAAGGAAGUCAGUAACUCUAAGCGUGGCCUCAUCGUUGAAGGUAUUGAGGUGAGGCCUAAAGGGAUAUAGCUCAAUGUUGCUCAAAAUUUUCAGACCAAUAAAUUGCAACCAGGCAUCUGGAAUGCUUCUUAUCUGUGAGCAUGCAUGGUCUUUUAUUCGGUUGGAGGAUGUGUUUAGGGCCCAUGUAUUCUUUUUUUGUGUAUCCUCUUGGAAUUGGUAACAUGUCCCCCUGUGUAUUAUUGUUCUUCAGAUUAAUGAUACAAUGUCCGCCUCUUUCUGUGACUUGUUUGGUCAUUUGGGCUUGCUCGGGCAGAGGAAAGUCAGCGAAGGGACUGAUACAAGUAGAUCUGGUUACAUAGAUAGUAAUUUUAUGCAACUUUUUUAAAAAAUAGUCUAUUAUUAAAGAUAUUCA